GAUGCAGCCACUCCUGCUGCUGGUGGUCUUUCUCCUGCCCCCCAGGACUCAGACAGGGCAGAUCAUCGGAGGCCGCGAAGCCAGGCCCCACUCCCACCCCUACAUGGCUUAUCUUCGGAUCCAGGCCCCAGUGGGGACCGUCAGUUGUGGGGGGUUCCUGGUGAGAGAAGACUUCGUGCUGACAGCAGCUCACUGCCAUGGAAGCUCUAUAGUGGUGACCUUGGGGGCCCACGACAUUGGGGCUCAAGAAAGGACCCAGCAGCGCAUCCCUGUGAGCCAAGCCAUCAGACACCCUGACUAUAACCAGGAGGAAUUCCAGAAUGAUAUCAUGCUCCUAAAGCUGCAGAGGAGAGCCCGGAGGAAUUCAGCUGUGAGGCCUGUGAGUCUGCCCACGACCCGGAACACCCUUCGUCCUGGGACCAGGUGCUCAGUGGCUGGCUGGGGCCUGGUGGGCCUGAACAGGAGGACAGAGAAGCUCCAUGAGGUGCAGCUACAAAUAGAGUCGAACCAGGAGUGCAACCAGCGCUUCAGCUUCUUCAAUCUCCAAACACAGAUUUGUGUGGGUGACUCCAGGGAGAGGAAGAGCGCCUUCAGGGGAGACUCUGGAGGCCCCCUGGUGUGUAACAGAGUGGCCCAGGGAAUUGUCUCCUAUGGAAGCAGUGUGGGGAUUCCUCCAGCUGUGUUUACCAGGAUCUCCAGCUUCAUGCCCUGGAUAAAGAGAACAAUGAGGCGGUUCACACAGUCAGACUGAGACCCUCCUGUGACUCAUUGUUCUGCUCUGGGGCAAAGUCACAUUUUUUUGGGUUUUUUUUGAGGGGUGUGGAAAGAUAUCCAUAAAUAAACAUAUAAAUACCCAUUACUAUAAAGGAAGUAAGAAGAUGACUCCGUAUUUUAGAACAGAGGACUUGCACAUGUGAGGACCCAGUUGCAACCCCGAGCACCUUCAUAAGCCAGAGCUGAGCAGUGCUCUAGUCUCUAGUCUCUCUCUCUCUCUCUCUCUCUCUCUCUUUUUUUCUCUCUCUGCUUAUCUGUCUCUCUUCCUCUCAAUCCCAUAAAAAAAAAUAAGUCAGGAGACUGGUAAAAUAGCUCACCUUUGUGAGAAAUGGCCUAGCUGGUUGUAACCUUUUCAGUGAUGUUUAUCGAUCCAGUCUGACUACAGACCCCUGACCCUUGCACAUCUAUGUGACUACAACCAUGCCUUGUUUUUCUUCAAAGUUAGCUUAGACUUCCCAGCCCCCUCCUCACUCUUCCUUUCCCAUCAUAGUCACACUGUAAGCUAAGACUUCUCAGCCCCCUCCCCAAUUUCUUCUCACACAUGCUUUCCCAUCAUAGCCUCAUUGUAAGCUUAGACUCCCAAGCCCCCUCCUCGCAUCCAUUCCCACCCCCUUUUCCCCAUGAACAUGGUUAGAUUGUGAGCCAGUUCCCUCUCGACAGGUUGUUCCCAUGUCCUUGUAAUAUAUAAAAAGAUCGUGAAGAUUGCCCUUGGUGUGCUUGCUGGCUUACACCCUUGCACACACACACACACACACACACGUAAAAUUUUGCCUUGCUCAUGACUCUCGGUGUCUGAGUCCUUGUUUUAAGGUAUACACAGUGCGUUUUCUCACUGUUUCCCACACCUUGAUGGCGCACUGCUUUGCCAUGUGCACAAUCCAGGACCAGACCUGGCCCCAUCUCACUGAAGAAAGCCUUGGUGCUAUGGUUUCUCUCCUUCUGUCUCUGUCUCUGCUUCUAUUUCAAAAAGUCAGCCUGGAGCAGUGAAAAUCUGGAGGUGAUCAGAAAA